AUGGACUGCUACACCGCGAAUUGGAACCCACUCGGGGACUCUGCUUUUUACCGGAAAUAUGAGCUGUAUAGCAUGGACUGGGACCUGAAGGAGGAACUGAGGGACUGCCUCGUGGCUGCUGCACCCUAUGGGGGCCCCAUUGCACUGCUGAGGAACCCCUGGAGGAAGGAGAAGCCCGCUAGUGCCCGGCCAGUUCUCGAGAUCUACUCAGCUUCCGGGGUGCCUCUGGCCAGUCUGUUGUGGAAGAGUGGGCCCGUGGUGUCCCUGGGCUGGUCAGCUGAGGAGGAGCUGCUCUGCGUGCAGGAAGACGGAGUUGUGCUGGUUUACGGGCUACACGGUGACUUCCGGAGACACUUCAGCAUGGGCAAUGAGGUGCUCCAGAACCGGGUUCUGGAUGCCCGGAUCUUCCAUACUGAGUUUGGUUCUGGGGUGGCCAUCCUCACAGGAGCCCACCGCUUCACCCUCAGUGCCAACGUGGGUGACCUCAAACUCCGCCGGAUGCCAGAGGUGCCAGGUCUGCAGAGUGCACCCUCAUGCUGGACCGCACUGUGCCAGGACCGAGUGGCACACAUUCUCCUGGCUGUAGGACCUGAUCUUUACCUCCUGGACCAUGCAGCCUGCUCUGCGGUGACACCCCCUGGCCUGGCCCCAGGAGUGAGCAGCUUCCUGCAGAUGGCUGUCUCCUUCACCUACAGACACCUGGCGCUCUUCACAGACACAGGCUACAUCUGGAUGGGGACAGCAUCUCUCAAGGAGAAGCUGUGUGAGUUCAACUGCAACAUCCGGGCCCCCCCGAAGCAGAUGGUCUGGUGCAGCCGUCCACGCAGCAAGGAGAAGGCCGUUGUGGUGGCCUGGGAGAGGCGGCUGAUGGUGGUGGGCGACGCACCGGAGAGCAUCCAGUUUGUGCUGGAUGAGGAUUCCCACCUGGUGCCUGAGUUGGACGGGGUCCGAGUCUUCUCCCGCAGUACCCACGAGUUCCUGCACGAGGUUCCAGUGGCCAGUGAGGAGAUCUUUAAAAUUGCCUCGAUGGCCCCUGGAGCACUGUUGUUGGAGGCUCAGAAGGAAUAUGAGAAAGAGAGCCAGAAGGCGGAUGAGUACCUGCGGGAGAUCCAGGAGCUGGGGCAGCUGCCGCAGGCUGUGCAGCAGUGCAUCGAGGCUGCAGGACACGAGCACUGGCCAGACAUGCAGAAGAGUCUGCUCAGGGCGGCCUCCUUCGGAAAGUGUUUCCUGGACAGAUUUCCACCUGACAGCUUUGUGCGCAUGUGUCAGGACCUUCGUGUACUCAAUGCCGUUCGGGACUAUCACAUUGGAAUCCCCCUCACCUAUAGCCAAUACAAGCAACUCACUAUCCAGGUGUUGCUAGACAGGCUUGUGUUGCGGAGGCUUUACCCGCUGGCCAUUCAGAUAUGUGAGUACCUGCGGCUUCCUGAAGUGCAGGGUGUCAGCAGAAUCCUGGCCCACUGGGCCUGCUACAAGGUACAACAGAAGGAUGUGUCUGACGAGGAUGUUGCUCGGGCCAUUAAUCAGAAGCUGGGGGACACGCCUGGUGUCUCCUACUCUGACAUUGCUGCACGAGCCUAUGGCUGUGGCCGCACGGAGCUGGCCAUCAAGCUGCUGGAAUACGAGCCACGCUCUGGGGAGCAAGUUCCCCUUCUCCUGAAGAUGAAGAGGAGCAAACUGGCCCUGAGCAAGGCCAUCGAGAGUGGGGAUACUGAUCUGGUGUUCACAGUGCUGCUGCACCUGAAGAAUGAGCUGAACCGAGGAGAUUUUUUCAUGACGCUUCGGAACCAACCUAUGGCCUUAAGUUUGUACCGACAGUUCUGUAAGCAUCAGGAGCUGGAGACGCUGAAGGACCUUUACAACCAGGAUGACAACCACCAGGAGCUGGGCAGCUUCCACAUCCGAGCCAGCUAUGCUGCAGAGGAGCGAAUUGAGGGGCGAGUCGCGGCUCUACAGACGGCAGCCGACGCCUUCUACAAGGCCAAGAAUGAGUUUGCAGCCAAGGCUACAGAGGAUCAGAUGCGGCUCCUACGGCUGCAGCGGCGCCUAGAAGAUGAGCUCGGGGGCCGGUUCUUAGACCUGUCUCUACAUGACACGGUCACCACCCUCAUUCUCAGUGGCCAAAACAAGCGCGCAGAGCAGCUGGCACGUGACUUUCGCAUCCCUGACAAGAGGCUCUGGUGGCUGAAGCUGACUGCCCUGGCAGAUUUGGAAGACUGGGAAGAGCUAGAGAAGUUUUCUAAGAGCAAGAAAUCACCCAUUGGCUACCUGCCCUUUGUGGAGAUCUGCAUGAAGCAACACAAUAAAUAUGAGGCCAAGAAGUAUGCUUCCCGCGUGGGUCCCGAGCAGAAGGUCAAGGCCUUGCUUCUCGUUGGGGACAUGGCUCAGGCUGCGGACGUUGCCAUUGAGCACCGGAAUGAGGCAGAGAUGAGCCUUGUAUUGUCCCACUGCACUGGAGCCACAGAUGGGGCCACAGCCGACAAGAUUCAGCGGGCCCGGGCACAAGCCCAGAAGAAAUGA